GUAACCAGAGUUGUAAGACCGAAAAGUAAACCCAAAGUAAACGGAGUUCCGAGAAAAUCAAGUUGGUAAUUUAAAUAGACGCCUUAUCGACCAAUGCUCUGCUGGGCCAAUGAGGAUCAUUAUUUGAGUCAACGAUACCCGAAGUCGCAACAAAAGGCUCCCGAAACCCUUCAGAACUUGCUGUUGCGAUCCAGCGUACCGAUAGUGAGUGCUUUCAUUCCCGAAAGGGGGUCUCCCGCCUGCACAAUGGCACCACUAAAAGGUCAGGAGGUGCUUAAGUUCCAUAAGCAUUCAUAUCUCGAGAAUCGCAUAUUUGAUCAUCGCCUGGUUAAGGACAACUUGCUGGACAAGUGGCCAACCGCUGACAUGAACGAGUACAACGAGCGCAAGGAUCAUCGAAACCUAAUGGAGUCAUAUCCAUGGAGCCAGGCGGGUGCUCCGCCCUGCAUGGAGCCCGUCAUGGGACCCUCUAUCCCGCCGAGAGUUGGCGCAGCAUACGAGACACCCAGAAAGCACCCAUGGCGACCAGCGAUGGCCUAUGAACUCAUCCAGGUAAAACACCUGCCGGAGCAGCCGGUGACCAACCAGCUGACCAAGCAGUGCUUCCUGCCCAAGGGCAUGAAGACGGACGGGAUGAUAUUUCCCAAUCUGGUCACCGGAUUCGAUCGUAAUCCUCAGCAUGCCGCCCGGGCCGCCCUCUACACACGGUACACUAGCAACGAGUGGUACAACAACAAUAUGACCAAGUACUCGGAGUCCAACAUGAAUCGUAACCUUUCAGAGAGAAUGCGCAAUGACGCAGUGCGUCUGAUGAGGGAGACGGAUGAGAAGGCAACCUCGGGCCAAAGAGAUGCCGGCCGGCGGUUAGGUGAGAGAAUCACCGACCUAACCUUCUGGCGUAAUGAGCUGAAUGCGGAGCUGGAAAAGCUGAUAGCAGAAAUGUCGGACAUCAACGAGCUGCAGCGGCAGUGCGGUAAGGCGCUCCUUGACCUGGAGAUCCCACUGCACAUCGCCCAGGAGUGCCUCUUUCAUCGGGAGUCGCGACAGGGCACCGAGAAGGUGCACGACAUCGUCGAGAAGGCACUCCUUGUCGAGAUCAAUAACCUUAGGAACUCUCGCGACCGGCUGGGCGGUCUGCAUGAGAAGAUUGCGAAGCAGGCACUCGACUGCCGCGGCGCCCAGCAUCUUCUCGAGGACGACGUGGCCCACAAGGAGUCCUCCUUGGGAAUCGACUCCAUGUGCCAUCAGCUAAACAACCACAGCCGUGGCAUAACCUACUAUGGCGGCAUCGAGAAGUUCGAUCCCUCGGUCAGCACCCAGGAAUCCUGGGCUCAGGCUAGCAGCGAACACGUGCGCCGUUCCCAGGCAGAGCGGGCAAAACUCUCCCAACUGAGGAGCGAUGCCCAGAGCGUAGUCAACUCUGUUGCUACCACCGUGUGGGAUUUCUGGAGCAACACAAAUAACGCAUUCGACCGACGAUCGCAGGAAAUGGCUGAGGCGAAGAACAGGGUGCAGCUGCAUCUGCAGAAGGUGCAGCAGGAACUGUUUGACAUGGAGAAACACCUCUUCCUACUGCAAAAGGCCAUUCAGGACAAGUCCGGGCCGCUCAAGGUGGCCCAGACCCGUCUGGAGGCCAGGUCCCACCGGGAGGGCGUCGAGCUGUGCAAGGACCAUGCCCAGGACCGCCUUGUCCAGGAAGUACAGGACAUUCAGGGCACUGUAGAGACAUUGCACUACAAGCUACAGGAAGCGGAGGCCACGCACCAAGGUCUGUUGAAAACGCGCUGCACCCUGGAGGUUGAUCUACGAAACAAGGUCAAUGCGCUGUUCAUCGAUCGGGAGAAAUGCAUGAGCCUGCGGCGAUCCUUUCCGAUCAGCAAUCUGAUAAAGUACUGAUCCGAAUGAGUAUUUCGAAUUUGAUGUUGAACUCCUACGCACCGGAGCACCAGCUUUCGCAACCUAGUCACUCACAAUAAAUCAGUCUUAUAGUGUCCACUUCAAGAUGCAAGCUACUGUUUCCCAGAAAUAUAGUAGCACGUUAAUGCAUAAUAAAAUAUCUUUCUGUUUUAAA